GUUUUUGUGCCUAAUCGUAGCCGGAAGGAAUGGGUGAGCCCUCUCAGGAAGCAGGACUGCAGGAAUAUACAAAUACAUGGGAAGAUCCCGAGUCGCGACACGAUUUUAAACAGAAGAAAAAUAGAAAUCGACAAACUAGGGGUUCUGAGAAAGAUGAAUCCAGAGAGAACCUUCGGAUUGUCAUCCAAGAGGUUGAAGAUUGGGGAGGCGGCGGCGGCGGCGGCGGCGGCGGUGGAAGUGUUUUCUGAAUACGACGAAGAAGAGGAAGAGGAGACGGAGUCGGAGAGUGUAGAGAUAGGUUCUGGGAGCUAUAAAUACAUCUACAAUGAGGAAGACUACGAUGGUUAUGACGAGGAGUUUAAAAGGGAAGUGAAACGAUAUAUCGACGCCUUGAAUGAAGUUGGACCCUACAACAUAGACUUCAUGGUGCCGGAUUAUUAUAUUUGCAAUGGCGCUUUUCCAAUACCUCUGCCACCAGGUCCAGAAUCCCAUGAUUUCGAUCACUACGCUUAUAGAGAGAUGCAGAAAUCUUUACAGUUUGCUAUUGAUAAACACAAUGAAGGGAAGGAUGCAAAACUUGUGCUUCACAAGACGUUGAGGGCUAAUUUUAAAAGAGCUUGUGGGUUUAUCUUUUUCAUAACAUUUCAAGCCACAGAUACUGCUUCUGGUGAAACAAGCAUUUAUCAAACAUGUGUGGUGGAUGAUGUAGUUGAUAAGAUCAUGACCUUAAGCGAGUUUCACCGGGUGGAAACUGAGGAGUUGAAGGGUGUAUGGGAUUUGGAAUGUUGAGUAUUUGUGGCGUGGGUACUGAGAUAGUGAGAUGUGCCAAAAGCUUUAGUUGUUUUUUUAAGAAUGUAAUGUAUGCUUCUUUUUUUUGAAUGUAAUCUAUGUAGCACCGAUACCGGUACGCGGAAACGGGUACGGGGAUACGUCAAAACCAAAAAAAGUAGGAUACGGGUACGGGGCCAUAUUUAUAAAUAUUAAAAGUUAUGGGGGUGUAUUUACAAAUAUCAAAAGUUAUAGGGGUCUAUUUAUAAAUAUUAAAAAUAGAUUUUUUUGAAUAUAUAUAUACAUACAUAUAAUAUCCU